GCAGCUUGUGUGCGUAAGGAAAGAGGAAACUGGUCAUAACAAACUGCACCCACUUUUUCAAUAUAUAUCCUCGUAUUGGCAUCUGGAAAAAAACCCAACAGGCCUUUAUUAUUAAGCAAGGCUGAACCCCAAAGAAACAUGAAGACAGUGAACAUGGCGUUUUGGAGAGAGGUUUUUGAAAAGCAGAUCAAAGGGGUGAAACCAGGAGAUGCCUGGAGACUAGUGAUGGAUCAGAGGCUUGACUUCCAUUAUGUGGACACUAGAUGGAGGAAGUGGCUGAUGGAACAUGCCCAUGCAAGGUUUAUGUGCUCCAGAUGCUGCCACAGCUGGUCCUCUCAUCAAGCCGUUAUCCUGUUCCACAUGCAUUGGGAGCAACAUGGGAGACAAGGACAGGUCAAGAUGAGGCUCUUUGGGCAAAAGUGUCAGAAAUGCUUUUCAAACAAGUAUGAAGAGCCACAAUUCUCCGAGGACGAUGUUGACAACAUCUUGGAAGACAUGAUCCUUGAGAUAAGGGAGAAAUGUUAUGGAGAGCGCAUUGAUCACAGCAAAUUCUCUAAGGUGAUUGUGAAUGACAGCGGUCCACAUAUGCGUGGCUAUUGUGAAGCAUGCCAGUUGGGAAUACACAAAAGGCUUCAUGGGCAGCCUAACUAUCCAGAGCAUCACAGGGAGCUCCAAAGCAAAGGGAAUUUGGAGGCCAUUAAACAGACAGGAACACCAACAUCCACUGGCAGUUAUAAUUGCUGCACAUGCUUUAUUAUUAUUAUUAUUAUUGUCCUUUUCAUUUACUAUUGGGACAAUUUGUUCUCAGGAUGGCAGAGAAGGUGGUAAAUUUAAAUUAGCAUGCAGCUUCAGGAAUCCAAUCCUCCUGGCUUGGUUUGCUGUGUCUUUAGAAGUCUUCUUCUUUUCUGAAUGAAAAGCAGUUGAAUGUGAAUUCUUUUCGGCAUCCUGAAACUAAGAGCCCAGCAGCAAAAUAUUAUUUGUCAGAUCAUCUCUGGUGGCAGAUUCUUCUUUUCUUCCAUUUGAUGCUUGCUUUGUUAUUUGAAUAAACUUUCAUUUAUUCAAACAAGAAAUUAUACGACUGUGUGAUUGCCACCAUGUUGGACCACCAUUGUAAUGUGAGUAGGAACUCAAGUGAAUUAGAUAUAGUAGAUGGGGGAAUCAGUUGGGAGAGGGACCAGUAGGAAAACGGAAGCAGAG